UCUACAAGUUCAAAACCAAUAUAUCCAAACAAACCAUGGCUUCCUCCUCCACUCACUUCUUUGUUUCAAGCUUGGUUUUCUUGAUGAUCUCCUUCUUUCAACCAUCCUCACAUCAGCAACUGUGUCAUAAGGAUGAAUAUCUUGCUCUAAUGCAAUUCAAAGAUAGCUUUGUCAUUGAAAGGCAAGCAUCUACUCGUCCUAAAGUCGAUCUUUGGAAAUCUCAAGGGAUUGAUUGCUGCUCAUGGGAGGGCAUAUGGUGUGACCAAAACACUUCUCAUGUCAUACACCUUGAUCUCAGUAGCAGUUGCCUUUUUGGUUCUAUCAAUUCCAGCAGCAGCCUCUUCCGCCUUGGACACCUUCAAUACCUCAACCUGGCACUCAACGAAUUCAAUUUCUCUAAGAUACCAUCUGCAAUGGGCAAUCUUUCGAGUCAGCUUAGGGCACUCGAUGUUGGAAACGCAAUCUUUUCUGGUGAGUUACCUAGCUCAAUAGGAAUGUUUAGUUCUUUGGAAUAUUUAGAUGUCAGUAGUUGUAACCUCUCAGGUUGGGUACCACCUUCAAUUGACCUUAGUUUUAACUCUCUCAAAGGUUCUCUACCAAUCCCACCACUCUCUAUCCUUUUCUACUGGGUUUCUGGGAAUAUGUUUAGUGGAGAAAUUCCACCUCAAUUCUGCAACAUGACUUCUCUUCAAUUGCUUGAUUUGUCUCAAAAUAAUCUGAGCGGAACAAUGCUGCAAUGUUUUGGCAACCUCAGCUCCAUGUUGGUUUUAAACUUGGAAGGAAACAACUUCCAUGGUCCUAUUCCUGAAACAUGGGAAAGUGGAAACAAACUCAAAGAAAUUAAAAUGGGAAAGAAUAAUUUGCAGGGGAGGUUACCAAGAUCACUAAGAAACUGCAAAGUGUUGGAGUUUCUUGAUCUUGGAAACAACAAGAUCGAAGAUACUUUCCCUUACUGGUUGGGAGCUCUUCCUGAAUUGAGGAUUCUCAUUUUGCAUUCAAAUAGGUUCCAUGGCACAAUUUCAAUCAAAGUACCAGAGAUAGAUUUCUUGUUUCCUAAGCUCCGCAUCAUUGACCUUUCAAACAAUGGAUUUGUUGGCACUUUGCCAAUAGACCUCUUUGCGAGAUGGAAUGCCAUGGCUGAUCUUGAUGAAGAGAACGCAACAUAUUUGCAAGUGUAUAAGCACCAUUUAAUGAUGAACUCUUUUAUCCUUCCUUUUCAAUUUCCUUACUCAAUGACAAUAACAAACAAAGGAGAGAAGCUGGAAUAUGCAAAGAUCUUGGAGAUUUUCAAAGCAAUUGAUUUUUCUUGCAACAAAUUUGAGGGAGAGAUUCCAGAACUAGUUGGGAACUUAAAGGGACUUCAACUGCUCAAUCUUUCCAAUAACAUCCUUGAUGGUCAAAUCCCUCCUGCCUUGGGAUAUCUUACAAGUCUUGAAGCACUUGACCUUUCUCAAAACAAGCUCACAAGAAGAAUUCCUACACAGUUGACGCAGCUCAAUUUUCUUGAAGUCUUCAAUGUGUCUCACAACCAUUUGACAGGUCCUAUCUCGAAAGGCCAACAGUUUGAUACAUUUGAAAACAACUCUUUUGAUGGAAAUUCAGGAUUGUGUGGAAUGCCACUGUCAAGGAAAUGUGACUACUAUAACUCUGAGAAUUUGCCUCCACCAUCUUCAACCUCCAAAGGAAAUGAAGACUCUGGAUUGUUAGCUCAAUUUGGUUGGAAAUUAGUGUUACUAGGUUAUGGAUGUGGAUUCCUCAUUGGUGUUGUCAUUGGAAACAUUGUUUUUACAAGAAAACGCGAAUGGUUUAUGAAGACAUUCCGAAUCUGGUAGCCAAGAUGCAAAGGGAGGGGUGUGAAAGAUUGAAUAGGAGGAAGCAGUGAAUAUGAUAUCUAUCCCCUAUGCUAUCACUUCAUUGUUUAUUUUUUUUUCUCCUACUUUUCUCUGUUUGUGAUUACUAGUCAAGUUCAGUGCAAGUCCAGUGUAAAGUAUAAAGUGGAAUUUCAAUC